GGGCUGGUCUCGCCCCCCUCUACGCCCUCUCCCGCUGCCCAGCUCAGCCUCCUGGCACUGAUGCCCCUCGUAAGGCUCCGGAGCAGGUGACCUGUGGCACUGAACACAGCUCCUCACCUCGCCCGUGCAACAGGCCGGGGCGGGCUCCAAGCCGUCUGGCCUCCCGAGUCUCCUGGGGGUGGAGGUGCUGGCCCGGCAAGCAGAUCCGACAAAGGCAGGACCGUUAGGGUUCCUCCAGGCCAGGUGGGACCCCAGGGCCACGCCUGUGACUCACAGUGAACGAGGCGCCCUGGCUCCUCCAAGCAAGGCUGCCUUUGCGCAAAAGGCGGCCGUCUGGCCUCCUGUCAGACCACAUCCUGUUUGUGUUGGGUCUUUUAUCAACGUGGUCUGCGCAGUCCCAUCCUUCACUACCAGGUCCCCAAUGGAAUCCCAGGGUCAGGAAUGCGCAGCAAUCAGGAGUGCCCAGGGCACGGGCCCCCUGGGGGGGUCGCUAUAUAAAGCAGGGAGCGCCCGGGAGCCGCACCUCCUGGACAAGAACCCAGAGCAGCUCUGCCCAGCCUGGCCCAGGUCCAGCCGCCCAGCUGGGAGCAGACCCGCAGCACCAUGCGGAGCCCUUACUCCCUGCCCUACCUCCUGUUCCUGCCCCUGGGUGCCUGCUUUCCGGUGCUGGACACAGAGGAGCCCGUGGACGCCGUAGCGGGCACCGGACGUGAAAUGAGCUGGACGGACCCGGCGGGGGGACGCCCCUUUCCGUGGGGCUCCCCUGGGUGGCCAAGGGCCCCGUACCCACACGCCCUGCUCGUCACGGCCAAGGAGCUGCGGGCAUCGGGCAAGGCGCGUGCUGGCUUCCAGCUGCGUCUCGGGAGGCAGGACGAUGGCAGCGAGGCCACUGGCGGCCUCCUGGGGGAGGCCGAGAAGGUGGGGGGCCCGUUGGGAACCCUGGCUGAGGAGCUCAACGGCUACAGCAGGAAGAAAGGGGGCUUCAGCUUCCGUUUUGGCCGGGGGUGA